AUGGGUAUACAGGGAUUAUGGCAGGUACUGGAACCUGUAGCUGAGCCGGUAAUCUUGGAAUCCCUCGAAGGAAAACGUCUUGCAGUUGAUAUUUCAAUCUGGCUUCAUCAAGCAGCCUAUGGUUACUCGGAACAUCAGCAUAAUGCCAGAUAUCCACAUUUGUCACUAGUGCUACGACGUCUGGCGAAACUUUUAUUUUACAAAAUAAGGCCACUGUUUGUUUUUGAUGGCCCAAAUGUGCCCAUAUUCAAAAGGAAAUUGCUGCGCGAUCGACAAGUAAAACGUUAUGUGGAAGAACUAACGAUGACUAAAGCACAGAAACAUGUCCUACAGCAGCUAGCCUCCUCACAGCUACACGGUGGUGAACAACGAGUUAAUGAAUUAAGCGAGGUAUUUGUUUCACAAACAAAAAAACGCCGAGAUGUUGAUUUGUUCGAUGCGUCGAUUCCAUCAACAUCAAAGGACGAAAUAAAAUAUAAAAAUACGUUGGAUGAGGAAACUGUGACGACAUAUUCAUCUUUUGACUCAUCACGGUCAUCUGAAUUCGAUCAAAUAGAGUUUGAAAACCUAACUACUCGCGAUGAGCGCGUUGAUUAUUUGUUAGCUAUCCGGGAUAAAGUUAGAGGUCUCAAAUUGAGAGAGGUUCCGGACGACUCAAAAGCUUUUAGUAAUUUGCAAAUUGACAGACUGCUGAAAAGAAAUCAGAUAAAUGAGCAGCUCCAGUUGUUAAAGGAUGAAGCUUUGAAACUAAGGGUAUUCUCGGAGGAUGGGCAACAAAGUUCCUCGAGUAGCAAUAUCAAAUUGGCAGCAAUGGAAGGCUUGGACAGAGUGCAUAUAAUAACAGAUGACAACGAAGUGCAAAUAAUUGAUGAAGAAAAAAAGGUGAAGAAGAAAGUUUUAAUGGACUCACUGGCUUGGCCAGCAUUCCUAGAAAAAAUUAAAGUGGAAAAGGAUGAAAAUGCGAAGAGAGCUGAUAAUUCGGAUGAUCUCAAAGUUGGAGGUUUCCCUGAUGAUGAUGAUUACGAUAAUGAUGACGCCUUGCAGCAGGCCAUAUAUGCUUCACUUGUUCAAAAUUCAGCCCAGAAAUGCAGCAAUUUCCAAAUGACUGUGCAUGGCUACAAUCAUGAAUCAAAAGGAGAUAUGAUCGAGCGUUUACGCACAACAUUCACUGAAAGGAGCAAAGAUUUACACCACGAUACAUGGUCAUUGUCAAGCGAAACCAGUGAUGACUUUGUUGAAGUGCUUUCUGAAUUAUCAGAACAUUUUUCCGAGAAAGUCGAUGACCCUUCAUCUAGUACGAAAAGUGUCAAAGAUUCGACAGAAUCUGCACCAAAGGAAUGUCUCAUUAACGAUAAGGAAUGCAUCGGUGAAAAGAACAGAAAUGUUGACAACGCACAAGAAGAAUCGGUAGCUCAAAGUUCGUCGAUACGCAUUAAUCCAGUCGAUGAUGCAGACAUUUUUGCUUCGACACGAGAAGAAGGAGUUUAUAAGGAUUGUCAGGAUCUUUUGCGUAUUUGCGGGAUACCGUACGUCAUUGCUCCCGGUGAAGCCGAAGCUCAAUGUUGUGAACUUGAAAGACUGGGUCUCGUUCAUGGAAUUAUCAGCGAUGAUUCCGAUGUUUGGUCAUUUGGAGCCGCUAUGGUUUACAAAAAUAUGUUCAAUCAAAAGCGAAGGUUACAAAUGUACUCUAUGGAAACUAUUCAUAAUCAAUUAGGCUUGUCACGUUGGGAAGCAGUGCAAAUAGCUUUACUGUCCGGUGGGGAUUAUACCAGCGGUUUAGGAGGUGUUGGAGUCGUUGCAGCAUUGGAACUGAUUUCAGAGUUUGCCACUGUUUCGCGACAAGUAGAUACUGAACCUUCUGAACAGGCUUUUGAAAACUUACAUCGCAUUUCGGCGUGGUUAAAUCGCCAUGGUAGUUGGAAUGAUUUGCCACCAAGUUGUGGUUCUAACAAUGAGCAGGAUAUGCAGAAAAAGAAAUCCAUGGAGAACACACGACGGUUGAAGUUAAGACGAUUAAUUGAGAAAAAUAACGCUACUGAAACCCUGGAGGCGUUCCCUUCUCGUGAAGUAUUCAACGCAUAUGCAAAACCUUUGGUUGACAAUUCAAUGGAGAAGCCAAAAUGGCGGAAUAUUAAUACCGAAGAGUUGGAAUCAUUUGUUUGGGAGAAGUUGGGAUGGGAUAGGAAGCAUCUGGAGAAGCAAACAAAUCACUCAUUGCUGAGGUGGAACGAGUAUUUGAAUCCGGCAGCUGGUGGAAGUGGGCAGUCGUACCAGAUGCAUAUCACAUCAUUUUCUCAUCGUUUGCAAAAAUCUGAACAAGAUCAACGUUUAUUUCUGACAGCGCGAGUCAAGGCUGCCCUACAACGUUUAGUUACUAUUAAAAACUCUCAAAAUCAACCUUUAUUGGGAAGUGCUGAAAAUAACUGUGCUGCAGAAAUGAAGAAGAUGAGAACAAAUAAAAAACUGAAAAGGAAACGACCAAUUAAGCCUGUUGUGGGAAAAUCGGCGAAAAGCGGGAAAGGGUCGACCACUGCUCUGAUGAAUAAACGGAAAAAGUUAACUGGAACGAGAAUUGCUGAAAAUAAUUUUGCUUCCGGAGAAUUACAGUUAUCAGAAGAAAGUUCUGAUAAUGAUACUUGUUAAAUGUUCAUUCGAAGGAAAAAACGUCUGUAGAAUAUUAACCAGAAUCCAAUUACUUUAUUGCAAACUGCUGUCCAUAUUGCAAUGAAUAUUGCUAAUAAUUCUAAUCAGGAUACAGGGACCUCUUAUUGGGAUGAUUCGAGCUUAGCGAAAAUCAAGGAUGAUUCUGCUAUUUUCGUUCAAUGAUAGAAAAAUCAAUUUUGGAAUAUCUGGUACAGCUUGAAAAUGCACUGUAGCAUAAAAGCUGCUCUAUAAUUCUCUUCAGUUUUUUCGUCACUAGUGAAUGUUGGGAGUGGCAAUUGAAGUAAAUUUACUGUUGUCUCACAAGCUGUUUGGGAUGACACUUGUUGUCGGGGUUACGAAUUCCUGAAUAUUUU